CCCAAUGAUUAGCUCCCAGAUUAGUCACAGUAAUUACGGUAUUAAUGGUGAUGUGAAUGGGUUAAUGAUGGCGGCCGCUGGUCAGCAGCAGCAACAAAACAACAACAACAAUCUUAUCCUUCACGGGAAGGGUAAUAGUAACGGUGACGGUAAAAGUGGUAAGAGGGGUGGAGGUGGGAAGUAUGUUGAUAGUACUUUUGGGCAAAGGACUUCUCAGUUCCGAGGUGUCACCAGGCAUAGAUGGACUGGGAGAUAUGAGGCGCAUUUGUGGGACAACAGUUGCAGGAAGGAAGGUCAAACUAGGAAAGGAAGGCAAGUCAUUAUUAGGUGGUUAUGACAAGGAAGAGAAGGCAGCAAGAGCCUAUGACUUGGCUGCCUUAAAGUAUUGGGGUCCUACUACUCAUAUUAAUUUCCCAUUGAGCAUUUAUGAGAAGGAGCUAGAGGAGAUGAAGCACAUGACUAGGCAAGAAUUUGUUGCUAAUUUGAGAAGGAAAAGCAGUGGUUUCUCAAGAGGAGCGUCAAUGUACAGAGGAGUGACAAGGCACCAUCAACAUGGCCGAUGGCAAGCUAGAAUCGGAAGGGUUGCUGGGAACAAAGACUUGUACCUCGGCACAUUUAGUACCCAAGAGGAAGCGGCCGAGGCAUACGACAUAGCGGCAAUCAAAUUCAGAGGGACGAGCGCCGUCACCAAUUUCGACAUAAGUAGGUACGACGUGAAGAGAAUCUGCUCUAGCUCCACAUUGAUCGCCGGAGAUCUUGCCAAACGUGCUUCUCCUCCUCCUCCUCCGACCACCACCGGUCCACCGUUAAUGGCAUUGGAGGACUACAACUCGAGGAGCUCGUCGGAGGAGUUGCAAGCCGCCGAUGUGGCGGCAUGGAAUCAUCACAACGGAUCGAGUAGUAGUACAUCAUCUGGCCAUCCUUGUCAGCAAAGUGAUGUGGCAGCCGCCGCCGCUGAGCUGGCUGCUAAUAAUGGCGCGAGGUGCUUAGAUUUGGCUGAUCAUGAUCAUCAGAACCGUAAUCACCAUCAAGCUCCAAUGUUCACUUUGUGGAAUCAGCAAUGAAAGGUUUAUAAGAACCUUUAGGUCAAAUGGUAGUUAGGGCAAAGGAGGAUAUACGAGGAUGAUAGUGACGAAUUGAUUUGGAAUCAUGUUUUAGCUAGCUCUAUAUAUGAUGAUAUAUAGUGUUUUUUAUUUUUAAGAUUAUAUUAUCGAUGCUUAGGGCUUC